CUUUUUUUUGUAUUUUACUUAGAGACAGGGUCUCACUGAGUUGGUUAGAGCCUUGCUAAGUUGCUGAGGCUGGUUUUGAACUUGCCUUCCUCCUCCCUCAGCCUCCCAAGCUACUGGGAUUCCGAAAUGUCUUAAUUAAAACAAGCCACGUUAAAGACCCCCAAACGACCUCCAGCAUAAUUUUCCUUUGAAUAUCUUUCAUGGGAAAUGGGCCGGAGUCACUCUAAGGCUCACUCUAGGGUGACCAAAGUAGCCCCUCUGGAAAACAAAGGCACAGAGACUCCCUCGGCUGGUCCUACGGAUUUUGCAUUUAAUCAGAACCCAGAAGAAAAGAGCUCAUAUUCGUUGGCAAGACUGCAGGACCGGAAUGAAGAUUUGGAAGGCUGGCUACCACCUCUGCGAGAAACCGGGUAUGGAAGAUAUUCUACAGUUCUUCAAGCAUCCAGGGCCAUGUAUUUUGACAUCCCACUGGAAGAGGGAGAAACAAGUAUUAUUAAAAGGCAUCCACCUCGAAGACUUCAAAAGCUCGAACCCAUUGACCUGCCACAAGUAAUUACCUCUGAAAGACUCCUGAGCCAUCAAGAAACCUGGACAAGGCACAAAGUAAAGCAAGAACUGGAAAAGAAAAUGCAAACUCCAACAUAUACUUCUGGGAAAAGACAAUAUUUGCAUAAGAUGCAAAUGCUGGAAAUGAACCGUAAAAGACAAGAGGCCCAAAUGAAGUUGAAGCAGAGUCUUCACGGGGAAGAAGGAACUUCUAAGCAACAACCAAGAGACCGUAAAGCCAAGAAAAUUCUUCAAAGCAUCCCAGGGAAUGAAGACAAUGACCCUCUAACCAUGUUACCUGAGAAAACCAUGAACAGAGGCCCAGGAAACUCACAGACUGCAGAAUUUCUGGAAUAUCAAGCAGGAAACAACUACCGUCACCGAAAAAUUGGAAAAAUGGAAGCAUGGCUCCGUGAACAAGAGGCCCGGGGACAGCUUCUCUGGGACAGUUCCAGCGUGGACUCUGAUGAGCAGGGGAAUGAUGAGAAGAAGCCACGAGCACUGGUGAGGACCAGGACAGAGAGAAUCCCACUUUUUGAUGAGUUUUUUGAUAGAGAAUAAGAAUGCCACUCACCCAGCAAGACAGUAAACUUGUUUUCCUAUCAAAGUCCUUCAAGUUAGAUUUUGAAUGACUUUGGGGAAAGCAAUUCACCUUGGUAAACAGGAUACCACUUGGAGUCUUCUGUUUAAAAGGUUUUUCAGAUAUGCUGAUAACUAUUGCUGUAGAACUACCUGCUGCUCAUCACAGAGGGGCUGAAAAAACAGCCAUUCUGUUGUCUCACCCACCCUUCUGUCAGUGGCUGGGCUCAGCAAGGUGAGUCUUCUGCUGGUCUCUUUUGAAAUCUCCCAUGUAGUUAAAAAUCAGAUGGUAUCUAGACUGGAGUCAUCUGGAGGCUUAACUAGGACACUGGGACGGCUGGGCCCUGCCCACUCUCCAUAUAGUCUCAGAGCCUCUUCACAUGGCCUCUGCAACUGGGUGAAGGCAUUUUCUUCAUAUCAGCCAAAGGCUCCCAAAAGCAAAUGUCCCAAAAAGAGGAAACAGAAGCUGCCAGUCUCUAGGUCUCUAGUCAUGGAACUGGCUCUGCAGUUCUUCCAGAACAUUCUGUUGGUAAACAGGAGUCACAGGUCAACAGAAGUGUCUACACAGGGCAUGAAUACCAAAGCAAAAUAAUUUGGAGUUCAUCUUGGGCCCUUGCCAGCACACCAUGCGUUUUUUAAAAGAAAAUUUGAUCAUAUAAAACAGAUGAGAACGUGGAUUUUAUACAAAUAAAAGUGAAUUUCUAAGAAAGUCACAAUGAUGCUAUACUAGACACUAAGCUUGCUCAGACACUUUUUUGUGAGUUGACCGUAAUAGGGAUGCUUUAAGAAAGGAAUGAAAUGAUGUCAGAUAUUAAAGGUCAUUGUAAAUUAAAGCUCAAAAUUUAAAACUUAGAUUAUGAUGUUGAUUUUAGAGCUCUUUAAAACUAAGGAUAUCUUAGAAAUGUUCAAUUCAGAAGUUAUUCCAUUUGGAGGUUGGGGUUGUUGCUCAGUGGUAGAGUGCUUGCUUAGCACAUAUGAGGCACUGGAUUCAACCCUCAGCACCACAUAAAAAAAAUAAUAAUAAUUAAAAUAAAGAUGUUAUGUUCAUCUACAACUGAAAAAAAUUUUAAAAAGAAGUUAUUCCAUUUGUAAAAAUAGAUCUUCACACAAUUUUUAAGAGCUUCUUUUGUAUGUGAUUCAGCUCCACAACUAAUGUAGUCUAAAAAAAUAGUCUGAAGCAAUCCAGAAACUUCCAAGAAUUUAGUAAAAUUUUAAAACAAAGUGAAACAAAAACAUCUCUUGAAACCUUCAAAAGGAAACUUCCAAAAAGAAAAAACAGAAGUUUGACAUUCAGUCAUUCCAGACCAGUCUUACUUAGAAGACAAAAAGCCUGAUAUGUCAGGGGAUGAGCAUUCAGAUUUCUUCCUAGGAGGGAAGGCAAACCCAUUCUGGGCACAUCUAUUCCCUGUUUUCUGUGACUACUCCUACUAUUUUUGUGGUGGACAAGAAACAUUUCCAGCAGAUGAAUACAUAAAUUGUUUGAUCAGCUAGACUUUUCAAAAAAAGUUCUUGAGAAGAUAAAUGAAUGCAACAUAUGCAUAGUGUCCUCACAUAUUAUGGUGAAUCGGGAAACUUUAAAGUGGGACAGGAAACUCCCAUUGCUGAAGUCAGAGGGGCAAAACAUGCCUUUGUUGCUCUGCUCUGUCACUUCAAACUGGACAAUGCUUCCUUCUGCAAACUCAUUGAACUGUGAGCUUCAUGAGGGUACAGACCAUGUCUUCUCCCUGUGGUAUCUCCACUUCCUAGCACAACAUCUGGUGCAGAGUUUGUUAUUAAAUGUUAGCUGGAUUAAUUAAUGAAUGUGUUAACUAGUCAAUUAGAGAAGCACUUGUUUCUCUCCAGCUAUGCAGUUGCUUACACUCAUUUCCAUCAUUUCUCAAGAGUCUUAUAUAUUUAAGGCUGAUUAGACAGUAAAGAAAGGGACUUGUUUCAAAAGCUCUUGGAAUUUGUACAUCUAAAUGGAUGGCCUAAAUUAAACAUCGCCUGGGGUACAGAAGCUAUACCCAUAUGUAGACGAAGAUGCAUAGCUCAAAAUAUUUCUCAAAACUCUAUCAGAAUGUGUUAGCUACAAAGACAAUCAAUCAUAAUGCCUUCUCUGAGUAUAUCUGCUUGCUCCAUGCGGAACUCUCCCUCACCGACUGUAAACUCAAGAUUCAAGAUAUCAUAUUGAUCAUCAUAACUGCCAAUGUGCAUGAACUGCCUCUGUGUGCCAGGCACUAUUCGAACACUUUACAUAUUUAAUCUCUGCAAUAGUUUGUGGUUUGGUAUUAAUAUCAUCUCCAUCUUAGAGAUGAGGAAACUGAGGCACAGAGAGAUUCACCUUCCAAAGUCUCCCACCAGAAAUCCCCUUUGGGGUAGAUCAUUGUUUCUCAAGAUGACCUGCUGGGACCCAGGGUCUCUUCCUUCUUUCCUCAAUUUUAUGUCUAACACGCCAGCUUCAUUAUGUUCCUUUUCCACGUUUCUUUUCUACUAUAUGGUAUGUUUGUUUUGUUUGUUUGUUUGAAAGGCACCAUAGUACACUGCAAAAGGCAAGAACUUGGCAGUAUUGGUUUUUAGGGAUGUAGAGUAGCUUAACUGAUAGCUGAACUGUGGGCACAGAGAAAGAUGAAAGCAGAUGAGAGUGGAGACACACCUAAUCCCCUUCACAAUUUGGCAUGGGAGCAGCAGGGUGAGCAGCCCCACCGGAAAGUGCCAUCCACGACAAGAUCAGCUAAACACUGUGGCAAGGGCCAGAGAAGGGCAAUGUUCGAUGCUGGCCUCAGUUAAAAUUACCGUAAAAUGAUCAAAAACGUAAAAACAAUCAAGAUUUCUGGGCCUGCUUUUUGAUUGGGGGUUGGGAUGGUAUUGGGCUCUGGCACCAGAACGUUUGUUUAUUAUUAAACUUCCAAGUGAAUGUAAUGUUGACAAUCCAAGCUUGGCCCAAGCACAAUGACACAUGCCUGUAAUCCCAGCAGCUUGGGAGGCUGCCACAGGAGGAUCGCAAGUUCAAAACCAGCCUCAGCAACUUGGUGAGAACCUAAGCAACUUAGUGAGACCUGGUCUCAAAAAAUCAAAAGGGCUUGAGGUGUGGUAAAGUGCCCUGGAUUCAAUCCUCAGGAAAGGAAGAAAAUUCUAAGCUUGUCUAAGAUUGAAAAUCACAGCUUUAGCAUUAUAAAUAUUCUAUUUUACCAGAGUGUAUCUACUCCUAUCUAAAAGCAACAACUUCUGAGGUCAUUUUUUCCAGUUAAGGACAUGAGGCCUACAGCCCCCACAGAUAGUAAAAGCAAUGCUCGUUUUGCUAGUAUCAUCUGAGAACGCCCAGCCUAUAGUUAAUCUUGAAUUUGUUCGAGGCAACAUGCAGUCAUCAUAACACAGCUGUUGCUGGUGAAAACUAUAAAAUUCAGCCUGGAGGCAAAGUUGUCAAUUUUCUUCAGCUGAAAAUCUCUCCAGCUUUGGAAAGAAAAAGGGCUUGUCUAUGACCAAAUGGAUAUUUUCUUUUGUGAAAACAACAUUUUCCUUCCCCUCUGAAUUUUUCAUGAGAA